AUGAUCUAAUAAAACAUUCAACUUCAAUAAAACUGGCCCAAAUAAUUAGAUAUAUCAUCUCUCUAUAGUGAAGAUAACAAAUCAUCUCAUAUCAGUAAUCAUGUAAAUCUCUAUUAUACCCAGUUAGAUAAUACUUCUAAGAUAAUUUCACCACUUUAAUCUGUGUCAAAUUCUCUUAUUAAGGAACUUACCAAAUCUGAAUGUUAAAACCAAGAGUUUAUGAAAGGAUUAAGUGGAUCAAAAUACUUAUCAUCUUAUCCUCCUAAUUUUGAAAAUGUUAUGAAUACCAAUGGAUUUGAACCUAAAUUUCAAUAGGAAAUGUUUAAACCCAUAAUUGAUACUAAAAUUUUAUAAACCAUUUAAACUAUUUCAGAUGAAGAACAUUAAACAAUUAAUUUAGAUUAAAUUUAUAUAUAGCUUACUGAAAUUGAAUCAAAUUUGUCAUAAACUAAUUUUUAGAUAUAAUUAUCAUCUUUGAAUGUCAUUUUUGAAAAAAUAUCAGAAUAAAUUAAUUAUAAUAUCGAGAAUGAAAUACCUUAUUAAAAACAAAUCAUAUGCUAACUUAGAGUAUCAGUAUUAUUAUCUAAAAUCUAUAAGUAAAUGGGAGAUUUUAAAAAUUCCAUUUAUUGGUUAAAAAGAAUUAGAGAAAAUUAUAGUGUUUAUGAUCCUAAUUUUACUGGUAAAAUAAUGCUUGAAUUAUCAAAAUUAUAUUUCUUAAAUUUUUAAAUAAGAGAAUCAUAAGAAAUACUACAUGAAGCUUUAUUAUACUUUGAAAAAAUCUAAUGGAAAGCAGAAAUAGCGAAAACUUUACUUUUGUAAGCACGUAUGUGUGCUUGGAUGAGUAUUAAUUUUAAAAAAAUUAUUAUUAGAUAACUUUGAAUUAGCAACAAAAUUAGCUUAUGGAGCAAUCUCUUUAUUAAGGGAAACAUUUAUCAAUGAUGAAACCAAAUUAGAUCAAGCUUAUUAUAUCUUGGCUGAAUGUCAUUAUGUAUCUAAGAAAUAUGAAACAGCAAAAGAGUUUUUAAUCAAAGUAUUACAAUUAAAAUUGUAAAGUGGAAAAACAGAAUAUCAUUAUUCUUUACUUGAAACUUACAAUUUACUUGGAUUAAUACAUGCUUAGAUAUAGGAUCUAAAAAAUUCUUAUUUUUAUUUUUGUUAAGCCUAUAAAUGCAUUAAGUAAAACUAUAAUAAUUAUAUUUAUAGUACUAAUUCUAUAUAAAAAGGACAGAUUUUAAAUAACAUUUCUGUAAUUUAAAAAUUUCUUGGAUAAUUAGAAUUAGCAGGAAAAUGCUAGAAUGUAGCAAAUAAAAUUUAUAGUACAUUCUUAUCAGAAAAUCAUCAAAUAUUUAAAAGAUUAGUACUAAAUUCUAUUAUUGAAUCUUUAUAGUGA